UGUAUGGUACAUGCUACACGUCGAAUGGAACAAUUCUGUGCCAGUGAUGUGAAACGCGCAAACUCGAAUUGAUUUUCUCCGGUCAGCUGGUGUUGUUCAUCUUCCGACGAUACGGUUAAUUUUACGCACGAUUAUCGAUGGAUAAAUUUCUUUGGUAACAUGAACGAUAUACAUCAAGAAUCCUCGACAAAACGAGACGAAGGUCCGUGUGAGAAAAGUUGAAUGUGAAUGGUGAUAAAAAAUCGUCUGUUUUUGACGCAGCGAAAAAAUAUGACUUCCUCACCUUCGUCCAGUACCAGUUCCGCAUACGCUAGUACUGACGAUGUUCGUCAGUAUUACAGUAACGAUAAACGAAAUUUCGUUGGUUCGGACGAUGUCGGAACAACUCGGCUAUUGCGUUCAUAUUCACCUCAUCGUAGCAAAGCGGGAAGAUUCUUUGCGACACUGCGAAUCGACAAGUCCUACAUUAAUGCGAAAAAUAUUAUAAUAGCAGGAAUGAUAUUAGCCAUAGUAAUUGUUUCAAUAAUAGUAAUCUGCAGUAUUUAUGGAGCCAGUAGGGACAUAGAAAUUCAAGAAAACGAAGAUGUACCACCCGAUCCGGAAAUACUAUUACCUCCGUCAUGGAGCAAAUUAAAAAUUUUUAAACGUGGUGCCGUUUGUGCAGAUGCUGCACAAUGUGCUAGCAUUGGCAAAUCAAUUCUAGAAAAAAAUGGCUCUGCAGUGGAUGCGACCAUAGCUACAAUGAUUUGCAAUGGUCUCGUGAAUAUGCAAAGUAUGGGUAUUGGGGGCGGAUUUUUUAUGACAAUUUACGAUAAAGCCUCCAAGCAUGCAUACACGUUAACCGCAAGAGACCGUGCUCCGUUAGCUGCAAACGCUACUAUGUACCAAGGGAAACCCAAAGAGGCGGCAUUCACCAGUCCGUUGGCUAUCGCUGUUCCUGGGGAAUUGGCAGGGUACUGGGAAGCUCAUCAACGUUUCGGUAAAUUACCAUGGGUUGACUUAUUCAGGCCCUCGAUCGAACUGUGCGAAGAAGGAUAUAAUUUGACAAAAGUUCAACACGAUGGAUUCAGAUAUAAUGCAAAAAAUAUUUUAAAGGAUCACGUAUUAAAGGAAUUAUUUGUAGAUCCAAAGACGAACGACUUUUAUAAACCAGGUUCGAUUAUUAGGCCCAAAGUAUUUUGCAAAACUUUACGAGUAAUCGCAGAGAAGGGAGCCUCAGAAUUGUACAAUGGGACAUUGGGUAAACUUUUAGUACAAGACUUACAAGAAAGAGGGGCAAUAAUAACAAUGAAAGAUUUAAACAAUUACAGAGCAACAUGGGAUGAACCACUUGAGUCGAGUCUCUCCAAUGGAAUGAAACUUUUUACAGUCGAUUUACCCGCUAGUGGAGGACUUCUCACCUACAUUUUAAAUAUUUUUGAUAGAUUUAAUUUUACACCUGAUAGCUUAGCUGAUUUUAACAAAACCGCACUUACGUAUCAUCGAAUGAUAGAAACGUUUAAAUAUGCGUACGCGUUGAGAAACGAUAUGGCCGAUAAAGAAUUUGUCGACAUGGAAGAAUUAACAAAGAACCUAAUGUCGAAGACUCGCGCACAAGAAACACAAAUGAUGAUAGAUGAUUAUAAAACGUGGGAUGAUCCAGCGCAUUAUGGAGCGCGCAUGUUGAGCAGCGCGAAGGAUCAAGGAACUGCUCAUGUUUCAGUAUUAGCGCCAAAUGGGGACGCAGUCUCAGCUACUAGUAGUAUCAAUUUCUAUUUUGGAAGCGGAGUAGUUAGCGAAAGUACUGGAAUAUUAUUGAAUAAUGGGAUGAAUGAUUUUGGUAUACCGUCAGCAAUUAAUUACUUCGGUAUUCCACCUAGUCCGAACAAUAAUAUCGCUCCUGGAAAAAGGCCUUUGUCAUCUAUGGUACCUUCGAUCCUUGUCGAUGAAAAUGAUGAUGUAAGAAUGGUCGUUGGUGCUUCUGGUGGUACUAGGAUCACCACGACAGUUUCUCAGAUAAUGGCUAAGAUUAUAUGGAUGAACCAAACAGUGAAGGAAGCAGUGGAUGCUCCUAGAAUACAUCAUCAAUUGGUCCCGCCAAACGUGUCAUACGAGUAUGGUGUGCCAAAGCAAAUAAUUGAUGGGUUGAAAAAGAUUGGCCACAAGACUGCUCGUUACAGAAUUCGUGGUAGCGUAGCUUGCAUCAUUUACACUAAGAACAAUACAGUAUACGGGAAUGCGGACUUCCGGAAAGAAGGAGACGUGUAUGGAGUCGAUUAAAUUCUUCCUAAUUAAAACAAAUGAUCAUUGGUGAACCUAAUAAUAUAUAGAUAUAUACAUAAAUUGCUGAACUGUUCUGGCGACUGAUCGCAAUAAGUGUUAUUCAAGUUCCCGCGGUAUUAAACUCUUCAACGUUUAAUCACCAAAAUAUAUAAAAAUCUUUUGAAAGAGAAACUUUCCAUGGUAAUGUUUGUUAUGUGAUGUUUUCUUUACGCUGAAUUGUGCGAAAUUAAAGUUCUUCAAUAAAUAAUAAUAAAUAUUUUA